AUAUAUUAAGCAAAUACCAGCCGUACAGAACCAGAACCAAUGAGGACGUUACAAUGACGCAAGACCUGGUUGAGUGCUCUAAAGGUUCACACAUACCUUUGACACCGAUCUGUUUCCUUGAACGAGCAGCCACUGUGUAUGGUGACAAAGUUUCCAUCAUCUACAAUGAUCAUGUUAGAUUUUCUUGGAGAGAAACCUAUGAAAGAUGUCUCAAGCUUGCUUCUGCUUUGGUCAACUUAGGAAUUUCUAAUGGUGAUAUUGUUGCAACUUUGGCACCAAAUACUCCAGCACACUAUGAGCUUCAUUUUGGUGUACCAAUGGCAGGUGCUAUUAUUUCUUCACUUAACCUCAAACUAGAUGCAACAACAUUAGCAUUAAUAUUGGAACAAUUAGAGUCUUGCAAAAUCAUAUUUGUAGACUAUGAGUUUAUUGAUUCUGUACUCAAAGCAUCAAAAAUAAUUUCCCAAAGAAAUUUCAAGCCACCCCUUAUUGUCCUAAUACAAGAUCAUGGCCAACUAGUGAAAGAUAUACCUCAAGAUACCUUAAUAUACCAUGAACUUCUUGAAAAGGGGCAAAAAGAUUUUAAGAUUUCAAUGCCUAUAAAUGAAUGUGAUCCUAUAUCAGUGAAUUACACAUCAGGCUCAACUGGAAUUCCAAAAGGAGCAGUUUAUAGUCAUAGAAGUGUCUACCUUAAUUCACUCGCAACUAUUACUCGUUUCGACGUGAAUCCUAUGCCGGUGUUUUUAUGGACAGUUGACAUGUUUAGAUGCAAUGGAUGGUGUUUCAUUUGGUUAAUGCCUGCUCUUGGUGGUACAAACAUUUGUCUUAGAAAUAAUUUUUCAGCAAAAGAUAUUAUUGAUGCAAUUCAUGUUCAUAAGGUAACCCAUUUGUGUGGUGCACCUACCCUUCUGGAAAUUAUUGCAAAUUGUGAAAUUAUUAGGCCUUUUUCUCAUAAGGUGAGUGUCACAGUUGCUGGUAUAUUACCAUCAUUCAAAAUUCUUAACAAAGUGGCAGAGCUAGGAUUUGAUGUUAAUAUUGGUUAUGGUAUGACUGAAACAUUAGGUCCAGUUAUUGUAAGAAAGUGGAAACAAAAUUUUGAUGAUGAUAUUACAAAGCUGAAUUAUGUUGAUAAAAAAGGGGUUAUAGACUUUAUGAUGGUUGAAGUUGAUGUGAAAGAUCCAAAUACAAUGAAGAGUGUUCCAUAUGAUGGAAAAACCAUAGGUGAAAUUAUGUUUAAAGGGAAUACUUCAAUGUCAGGGUAUCUUAAGAGUUCACAAGUGAGUCAUGAAGCUUUUAGGGAUGGCUGGUAUAGGACUAGGGACCUAGGUGUUAGGUUACCUAAUGGUUCUUUUAAUUUGAAAGAUAGAGCAAAAGAUAUUAUUUAUUCUAAGGGUGAGUUUGUGAGUUCAUUAGAGGUGGAAGCUGUUUUGUUGAAUCAUCCAAUGGUUUUGAAAGUAGCUGUUGUGGGGAGAUAUGAUGAUGAUGAGUGUUUGGUUGAGUCACCUUGUGCAAUUGUGAAAUUGAAAGAUGGAUGUAAUGCUAAUAUUGAAGAUAUUAUCAAGUUUUGUGAAGAUCAAUUGGAUGCUCAUAUGGUUCCUAAGAGUGUGGUGUUUGUUGAUUUGCCUCUUAAUUCAACUGGUAAGGUACAAAAGUUUGUUAUUAGAGAAAAUAUUAAAAGUAUUGGGUGGUGUGACUCAAUUAAUUAAAGCGUGGUUUGUAGGAUUUGGAUUGAUUGCAUAACAAAUUUUACACAUUCAUGCAGUCAACACAUCAAUGAUUGUUGAAUCAAUAUCGGACAAUCCAAUAUAUCUAGCGCACUAUUUAGAGUUCAAAAAUUUCAAAAUUGACCAUCUAAUCUUUGAUCUAACGAUGGCCGAUAUACACUCUGCAUGAAUGUGUGAAUUUAUUACUGCAGCAAAGCCAAAUUAGUUGUUUGCAUGAUAAUAAAUAAAACAGGGCAAAAUGGAAGUUGGUAAAUGUGCCAAACAAGCAUGUAAUAAGGUUAAACAAACUUAUUUGUUGUUUUAUUGUAGACAUUUGAUGUCAGUGUUUUCUAAAGACAUACAAUCUAUGUAUUAUUAUGAGUUGUGUUGAAUGUUACAAUUAAUCUGUCUA